GGAAUCAGCUGGGCCAAUCACAGAGUGCGGGAGGCGGCGAGCUGGGCGGGAUGUGGUUGUCCAAAGAAGUUGGGUGGCAGCCGUUUGGCCCGCAGUUAUCUCCUCGGUCGCUCUGCUGGUUUGUUGCUUCAGAGGCCGGGGAGGAACGGGAGGGGGGACGUGGAUGAUGAGAGGGGCAUCAAACUGAUGUCGGAGGGGCCAUUCCAAGAUGGCGGCGGCGCUCACUGAGGAUCAGCGUUAUGGACUGUCGUGUGGGAAAGCGAACUCCGGCAAAAUCACCGUCUUUCACGUUAAGUUGACAGAGACAGCCUUCCGAGCGCUGGAAGCCUUUCAGAUUUCAAAGAAUUCAUCUAUUCCCCAACCAACAAUCCAGUUCCAAGGACUUCAGGGGUUAAUAAAGAUUCCAAGAACAGAUGCCCGAAACGAAGUGCGAAAUUUUGACUUUUAUGUAUCCAAUGUUGGAAAAGAUAACCCUCAGGGAAGUUUUGACUGUGUCCAGCAGUAUGUCUCCAGCAAUGGAGUUUCAGAACUGGACUGCUUUGGAAGCAUACAGGAUAAAAUCACAAUAUGUGCAACGAAUGAUUCUUAUCAGAUAACACGAGAGCGCAUGACUCAAGCAGAAGAGGAAACCCGUAGUCGAAGUACCAAAGUUAUUAAACCUGGUGGCCGAUAUGUAGGUAAACGAGUGCAGAUUCGUAAACCAGCACCAGGCAUCCCAGAUGCUGUACCUGAACGGAAACGGUCAACUCCCAUUAAUCCUGCAAGUACAAUAAGGAAGUGCAAUAUAAACAACAGUGUUUCCCAACGAUCUUAUAGGGAUAGGGUAAUCCACUUAUUGGUACUAAAACCCUUCAAGAAACCAGAACUUCUGGCCCGAUUGCAGAAAGAUGGUGUUAGUCAGAAAGACAAGAACUCUCUCGGACCAAUUCUACAACAGGUGGCUAAUAUAAACCCAAAAGACAACUCCUAUACUGUGAAGGAUUUUGUGUAUAAGGAGGUUCAGCGGGACUGGCCUGGUUACUCGGAAGAGGAUCGGCAAUUGUUUGACAGAGUGGUUUCCAGAAAAUUAUCCCAGCUGCAGAAUUCGAAUAGCCAUCAAGCAGACCCUGUUCCAUCAAGCUCCCCUAAAGAUAGAGGAUCCACAUCUCCACCAGAGAAGCGAUCUCUGCCUUCAGAUUUCAUUGACCCACUAGCAAGCAAGAAGCCUCGAAUAUCUCACCUUACUAAUCGUGUGCAGCCAACACUUAAUGGUCAUUUAAAUCCCUCCAGUGAGAAAACUGUUGUUAUUUCUACUCCGGUCGCUCCUCCUCAUCCCCCUCCUCCUGCACCACCACCUGUGCCACUUCCAGGUUCUAUUGCUCACACUGUGAAUUCUAACUCCAAUUCCCCAUGCACACCUGAAGGAAGGGGAACUCAAGAUCUGCCAGUUGAUGCUAUUGGUCAAACUGGUGAAGGUUAUGAGGACCAGCAAGAAAAGCUUACCUCUAGGACUACAGUGGAAAGUCCACCACACCAACUGGAGUGCUCAGAAGUCAUCAGCAAAGACUGUUCUUCCCAUGGAAAGUCAAAAAAGAAAGCCAAAAAACAUAAAGACAAGGAAAGAGAAAAAGAGAAAAAGAAUAAGGAGAAGAAUGAGGAGGUUGGCGAAGAAUACAGAAAUGAAUUCGAGGAACAAAAACCCAUUAAAGAAAAAGAUGCCAAUUCUGAUUCAGGAAUGAAUAGGAAGUGCACUGGUUCCAGCAAUCCUACAUUACCAGCCAAAAAGCCUGAUUACUUGAUCAAAUAUGCAGCCAUUAUGUCACAUGAGCAGAGACAAAACUACAAAGAUGACUUUAAUGCAGAGUAUGGUGAAUACCGAAACCUGCAUGCCAGGUUAGAGAGGGUGACCAAGCGAUUUUUGCAGCUGGAUGCAGAACGAAAGCGUCUUUCUCCUGACACUGAAGAGUAUAAGAUCUCCACUUGUUUGCAGAUUAUCGAUGAGGAAGUUUUGCAAGAGUACUGGAAAAUUACAAAGAAUAGUCCCAAUUACCAUGAAGAGAAACAUAGAUGUGAAUACCUGCAUAACAAACUGGCUCACAUUAAGAGACUAAUAGCAGACUAUGACAAGCAACAGCUACAAUCGUGGCAUUAGAACUCACUGGACAGUUUGCAAUAUUCUUCUAUGAUCAGAAGGAGAUGUGUAAUAACAUUAAAAGCUAAUAUAUUUUGAAUUUUGGAAAACAUUUAUUCUAGGAAUGGUGUCAAGAGAUUUCUGAAAGUUUUCAGAAGUUUCAUGAUUUGAUUUGAAUUCUGUUACUUCCCUGAACACCUGUGCUGCCCCCACCCUCCACCCGUUUCUUUUAAAUUGAUGCUCUUAGCUUUAGAACCUCCAUCUUCCUUUUUACUCUUAUACCAAUAUGUUUUUGUUUAUCCAUACUGAUCAUAUUAGACUCAGUACUUGGGCUGUCCUGAUUUGAUUUCUGCAUUAACAAUUGAUAGCACUAACAAGAAACUAUAUGUGACAGUUGAAUAAACAAAGGUAUGUGGUCCUUGCUACACUCUGCUAAUUUAAACAGUUUGCCUUAAGUGGUUGAAUGUUCCUAAGGCAAUUUGCACAAAUAGUUUUCAAAAAAGUAUUCAUAGAAAUGUUAAAAGAUGUGGAAAAGUAUGACAAGCACUACAAACUGCCUAUAAUUCUUUACACUGUGCUGCAAUUUCAAACCAUAUGCUAAAAAUGCAAACAAAGUCAACUCCUGUGCCCCUUGCCUUAAGGUGUUUCCUUAUGUACACUUAGUAGAGUGACCAUUAGUUACACAUAGCUUCCUUCUAUCCUGUACAAUUGGGAAGCUAACUGUGACCUACCCAAUAUGUGCAUGUGUGAGUGAGAGUGCCUGUGUAAAUGUGUGUAAAUGUAGUAUACAUCUUGAGGGGGAAGAGACUAAGCUGCUUUCUGUAGCCAAAUGCUCAGGACAAAACAACUGAUGAGUGUUAUCGUAGGUAUUUUACUAUAAGUGUACUACUUCCUCCAUGGAAAUGAAAGCCUUUCCAUUUCAAGUGAUUUAUCAGCUUUAUUAACAUGGAAGUGUUGCUACUGUGCAAAAUUUGAAAGAGAUCUUAUAGUUUUGGGGAAAUUAAGAAACUAACCUUCAUGUAGGAGACUUAUUUGUAUACUACUAAAGUAUUUUUGAAAACAAAUUAUAUACAAAGAAGCAGUCGCCUGCAUGUAUGAGUUUAUUUAAAAUUUAUUCUCCUGCGUGCCAGGAAUAUAACUGAAAACAGAUGUAUUUAAUUAUACUGUGACCAUCGAACAGCACAAUGAAAUCAUUUGAAUUUAUAAUGUGUCUCUGUACUUAAACCAGUGCAUUGCAUUUCAGUUGGUAUAAUACCUAUUGAUAUGGUAGUUAAUUUAUCAUGUGGGAACAUUAAGUUAUUUGGUUGGAAGAUGCAAGGUUUUGGAUAAAUAUUAAGACUAAUAAUCUAUGUAAUUUUUUUGUCUUUUCAAAAUGCUGCCAAGUGAAAAGGGAAGCAUAAUGUUUACAAAUGAGUGUUGGAAAGUUUGCCAAAUUGUUUGGUUGAAUCUUCAAUAAAUUCCUGUGUCUCCAGCUUCAGUCCAAAUGCUGGUAUCUUAACCAUGCUAUAAACCAUGAAACUUGCUCUUUGUAUCUCAGACUAAUGUUAAUCAUUAUAGUUUAGGUGUUAAAAAGGGUGAGUCAAAAUGUUUAAAUUUUCAUGGUGUUUUUAUGGUAUAAGUCACUGGAAUGGGAUCGACCAAGGACUAUAAACUUGAUUCACACUUCACAAUUAUUUUAUGUUGGUGCUUUACCAGUUAUUCCCAUCUUUAUAAAGGUACCUUAUUAAGCCAAGAUUGUUUUAAUCAAAUACCCUUAGUUAUUGCAUUAAUGACAUUUGCAGUGAUAAUUUGUGGAUGUUUUAAAUUAGUGUUUCACUUUUUUUGAGUUGUUUAGGUUUAUCUAAAAAGAAUUUCUGUUGACUAGAGAUCUGUCCACACUGGUAAAUUCUGUGCAUCAAUAAUAUUGGAUAGUAUUUGACAUCAAUGUAAUUUACAAAAAUUAGAUUCCAUUUAUGGCAUUUUGAUUCGUAUACCUCAUCCAGUCUUAAAAUUCAGUGAUAUUACUCAUUUGUAUUAGAUAUGAACAUGCUCGGAUGCAGCAAAACAUUCACCUAUUGCAACACCGUAACUUUUCAAGCUUUCUGGAAUGCCAUGAAGCCAUCUGAUCUAGAAUUGACAUUGUAAAAAUAUACAUCUGCUUAAUUGUAUUAGAAAUCUAAUGUAAGACUUUUGGGAUUUCCUAUUUUGCAGUCACUGGAUAUAUGUCCACUUUGAAACCAUUCCACUGCAUAGCUAGCAUAUACCUAAAGAUUAAUUUUGAUGUGCAUUAUUCAUUAAAGACUUCUUUAAUUUUUGUAAUGGUACUCUGGUACAAACUCUUUCUAGUUUUGUCUCCUUGCCCAAAUAAUAACACCUUUAAUUGGCAUACAUUUGCUAGUAGUUAUAAUGUAGCCACUAGGAAUAAGUGCCAAAUCAAAAUGGAGAAAUUUAAUUUUUGGAAGUGCCUAUCACUUUACAAUAGUAAGUGCUACUGAGCUGCCUUUUGUUGUUGCUUUAUUUUGUAGAAACCUAGUGGAGUCAUUGUGGCCUCACAGUAGGGAAUGUAUAUGCCAGAUCAGUGGUAGUUUGCUUCAGAAAAGAAUGGUGUAUUGGAGGUUUGUCCUAUAACCCAGAUCCUUUUCAUACAUGAAACUGAUUUAUUUCACCAGUUCCAUCAAUGCUAAAGAAUGGUCAUAAAGUCAACACUUUAUAUAUGUUCCUUAGUGUAAUUAAAAUUGUUUUUCAGGCUAAGGAGUUUGAUCUGGCAUACUAAAUAUGCAUUCUAGUACAUGGUGGUUUAGGGAAAGACAUUUUUGUCUUUAGCAUAGUCUUGAAGUUUUGACUUUGUAUUUAGAGGAUCUAAAUUUUGAACCAAAGCCCUAUUCAAACCUGAAGCCAGAAAGUACUUGAAUACUUAUUACUUAGUAACUACACUAAACUUUGACUUCAGAAAAAACCGUUAGCUUUAAGAAUCGCACUGCAUAAAUGCCUAAGACCAGUAGAACUUUAUGACGCAGUUUCAGAGUAGUUAUAACAAUUUUUUAAAAAGUUGAUUUAAUUUGCAAGCAGUUUACACCAAAGCUGCCUACAUUAACAUGUUGUGCAGUACCUGCUGUACUUUGAGCAAGAACAUAAUAAAAAAAUCUUCCUUAAUUAUUCAGUUUUGUAAGCUUAAAGUGAUCAGUGCUUUAAAAACAAGCAGUACAGUGGUAUGAAUAUUUGUUUUCUAUACUAUCCGAUUCAUGUAAUUAUUGGAAAGGUGUCCAGUUGUAUUGUAAAAAAUGAUGUACUCAUGGCUUUGUUGAAGCAAACAUUUACUGUUGCAGGUAUCUGGUUUAUAGCCAAGGUGUUGCAUUCAUUGAAGUUGCUGUUAUCAGAGGUCCAGUUUUAUAAUUUAUAUGUAAAAAAUUGAUUGUGGUCGCUACAUUUUUAUAUAUGAAAAAUGCAAUCAAAAUUUUUCAUUUAACUGGCAAAUGGAAAUUAUUCCAAAUAUGCCCAAUUCUGAGAAAUGAAUGACAAUUUGUGAUCGGUUUAAUCUAAGUGCAACUGUUUUCAACAAUCGUUGCAAAUUGCAAAUUAAUCAGGAAAAAGGCUUUGCAUUUAACAAUAGUUUCUCUCCUAAUCCAAAAUAUUGAUAGCUACUCCAGAAACAGAGUAACAAACACUAGUCUUAGCAUAAAUAUAUCACAGUAUUAAAUUCUAAGCUGUUAAUUCAUUUGCUAGCAACUUCGGGUGUUUUUAUUGGAUUACUAGUAAAGUGAAACUUAAUUCCUGGUAAAACAAUGUUGGGAAAAAUGUUAUUUUUCUCUCCAUUCUUGUAUUGUUGCCCUUUUAAUAUCUAUCGUUCCUACAAUUUUGGUAUUAAGGUGUGCCAAAUGGAUCGGUUUUUGCCUCAAUACUUUAAAGUCUUUAGAUUGCUAGUUUAAUUGUUUCUCUUCCUCAUGUCCUUGAUCGAUGCAGUUGAAGCCAGCAGUUUGAAUUUUUUUGGAAAGAUAUGGAAUAGUAUUCACUACAGAUGACAAAGAAUGGAAGGAAUUAAAACAUGACUGGAAUAAGUUAUAUUCUCAGCCUCUUAGCUGUUGUGAAUGUCUUGAUUUCUAAGUUACACAGUAAAUCUUACCAUCUAGUUUGGACCAUUGAAACUGGAAAUGCCGCAGGAGUGUUUUCGCUAAUGAAAAUACAACAUAAUAUUUGAGCCACAAUGCCUCCAUUCCACAUGUAAUGUAAGCUGUUUAUUUAAAUUACAUUAAAAUAUUGACUUUG